AUGUUGAUUGUUGAAGAUGUCAUUGGUGAUUUUGACAUUGACACAAGAGGUUUGUUCGGUCGCACACCGCUUCUGGAGGCAGCUAGAGGUGGUCAAAUUCCCGCAGUUGACUUCCUUGUGUCCCAAAACGCUGACGUCAAGAUAGUGGACAAUAUGGGUAAUAGCCUGCUACACGUUGCUUGUAUGGGUGGACAUCUUGGUAUGGUGAAACAUGUGUGUCCAUGGUUUAAUAUUGAUGACAGAGACACAUUUGGGUGGACUCCUGCAAUGGUAGCAUCUAUAUUUGGAAAUUCUGCAGUGUUUGACUACCUCAGACGACAGGGUGCAGAUCUGGCACUGGUUGAUAAGACUGGAGAUGAUUUGUGCACUCUCGCCCUUCAGGGAGGAUGUAGACAAAUCAUAGAACGAUUAUCACCUGAUGGACAAUAUGUGAAGAAGCACACCCCUUGGACAAUACUGAUGAGAUCCGUAGUGACAGGAUCUUUUGAAAUGUUGAAAGUUUGCUAUGACAACAGUUCUGAUUUGGUUCAAACAGACCAGUUUGGAGAUAGUCUGCUUCAUCUGGCUUGUCGCGGAGCCAACAGACAAUGUGUGGAGUAUCUGCUCCUGACCUUUGACAUCAAUGUCAGAGGUCGGUACAACUGGACACCGGUGAUGAUGGCGGCUGUGUGUGGACAUUGGGAUGUCUUCCAGCUGCUGGUGGACCACAAGGCAGAUCUCUCUCUGGUCUCAGACACAAGCGAAUGCAUCCUUACUCUGGCUCAGAGAGGACAAAGCAAUGCCAUUGUGGAAUACCUGAGGAAUAAGUCAGGGAAUUCUCGGGAAUGA